AUGACUGAUAAGCCUUUAAAGAACGCCCAGUUGAGACUUGGGAAGAAGAGUGUCUUCAUCAAGCAGAACAAGAUGUUUAAGACCCAUCAAAAGUCCCCGGUUUAUGAAAAGAACGAACGCAGGAGUGUUAUACCUCCAAAUAAGUCUCCUCUGCCCCUCCUUAGUAGAAGAAUACACAUGAAAGUGACUAUGCUCAAGAAAUAUAAAAAGAAAAGACAAAAUAGUUAUAAGCCGAGCCUUAAUUUCCAAAAAGACUGGAAGAAUGACACUUUUAACUGACCUAAAAGCGAUUUGGUCUUCCAAAAUUGUAGCAAUAACAGCUCUAAAGAAAAGGAGGUAUUUUCCAAUGAGUCCAUUCUCAACUCCUUCAAAAACACAAAGAUCUUCAAGCCACAUGUUAAACUGAGAGACUCAAAAUUUAGGAAUAAGAAAUUAAGCAAAAGUCGCAAUAGAGCUGGGAAAUUCUCAUCUCCUUCUUCAUUUCUCGGAAGCCCAUCUAGUCAAUAUAGUACAUAUGAUCACUCAGCAACUUUUAAAAACAAUACCAACGACAGUAACUUAGCUAAUCCCAAAUAUUACUUCGAUUUUACACAGAAUGGCGAAAUUUCCGAACUGAACCAAUGCUGAAUAAACGUGACCAGUUAUCUUAAAAGUAUCGAGGAUCCCCACCAGAUGAGGAAAAGAAUCAGUCAGCAGAUAAAGACAUGGAAAUUCUCAAAAACAAUGAAGAAUAAAAAAUGAAAAAAGGCGAUUAUGCGUCCUACUAAAAUUCUAGUCAUUCCCUCAGUACUGUAGCUAACAACGACAUCAUCCAG